GCAAUUAAAAAUGCGAGGGGAAUUAUUUAUGGGGCGCACACACUCGCCCAGUUCCCCUAUAGAUAGGGAGAUGAUCUCUUUCUAUCUCCAUCCCAUGGCGGAUAUUGCAAGAGCUCUCUCCUGCCCCUCCACCAACGGAUCGCAUUCUCAUUUUCUCUCGGGAACCGUGACACCCUUUGAUCUUUUGCAUAGUUUUCUCUAGUAAAAAUCUUUUCUUUCUCUUGGGUUGGGUGAGUGGAAAUGGCUAUUGCUAUGGCCUCUGCUAGCCUCGCCACGACCCUCCCUGGUCUUAAUAAGGCAUUUGAAAUCACCAGAUCAAGUGUCGCUUCGGUUGCUGGGUUUUCCUCUUCUGGGUUGAAGGCCCCGCGUUCUUGCCCUCUUCAUGGCCAAAGAUUGUCGUCUUCAAGAACAGUCAUUAGACAAGCAUCAGCUGCUACUACUCUGGAGGAUGGAAGUCAGAGUGAAACUGACAUUGUUCCAACCCCUAAAGUUAUCAUAGACCAGGACUCCGACCCAGAUGCCACUGUUCUGGAGAUCACAUUCGGGGAUCGCCUCGGAGCUCUCCUUGAUACGAUGAAUGCAUUGAAGAACCUUGGCCUGAAUGUUGUCAAGGCAAAUGUAUAUUUGGAUUCUUCAGGGAAGCACAACAAGUUUGCCAUAACCAAAGCUGAUACUGGAAGAAAGGUUGAGGAGCCGGAGUUGCUAGAGGCUAUUCGAUUAACAGUUAUCAAUAAUCUCAUACAGUAUCACCCGGAGUCAAGUACACAAUUAGCAAUGGGAGUCGCAUUUGGAGCUGUGCCACCCACACAGCAGGUUGAUGUAGAUAUAGCCACGCACGUAAAUGUUGUCGACGAUGGGCCUGAUCGAAGUUUGCUGUUGGUGGAGUCAGCUGAUCGUCCUGGCUUACUGGUGGAUCUUGUGAAGAUCAUAACUGACAUCAACAUUGCUGUGGAAUCAGGAGAGUUCGAUACUGAGGGGUUGCUGGCUAAGGCAAAAUUUCAUGUCAGCUACAAGGGCAAAGCCAUCAUCAAGCCUCUCCAGCAGGUCCUUGCAAAUAGUCUGCGGUACUUUUUGAGACGUCCUACAACGGAGGAGGCGAGUUUUUGAGCCAUUGUAUCACGUAGUAGGAAUGGGAGAGCUCACUAUCAUUCUGUUCAACACUGAUUAUGGGUCCAUUAUAGUUACAUUUUUCAGUCUGCUCACUCACUAGGAUGAUAUGUAUGCAGAGCGUAAAACUGAAAAUGUAGAGGAAUAAGCUUCUCCGAAACUUCUACAUCAGUGAACUGUAACUUUUAUGUAUCGAACUGUUUCCGAAUGAGUGCUGGAGUAUGCAAUGUCCAGACCCUUGGUUUUUGGCUGUCAUCAGUUGUAUUGGCCUGGAGGCUUGAAAUGUCAAUAUACCAUAUCUAAGCCAACUUUCUGGAGAAAUUAAAUAGUUCGA